AUGGAUGGAUUUUUUUAAAAUAAAACAGGUCAUUUUGACCAUCGUACUAUAAUCGGGCAAUAAUAUGGUUCAAAAAUUUAUAAUAAUAAAAGUACAGGAUAUGUAUAUGUACUUCGCCCUGACCCUGUUUUAUUAACAGAUAGUAUAGCCCAUAAAACAUAAAUUUUAUAUUAAGCUGAUAUAUCAAUAGUGAUAUCAAAAUUAAAUAUAUAACCUGGAUCUAUAGUAGUAGAGUCAGGAACUGGAAGUGCAAGCUUAAGCUCCUCAAUAGCCAGAGUUGUGUAAAAUAGCGGACAUUUAUUUACAUUUGAAUUUAAUGAAGAAAGAGCCAAAAACGGAUAAGAAGUAUUAAAUACUUAAAAACUUAAAAAUUUCGAUGUUAUAUGGAGAGAUGUUAUAUCUUUUGGUUUUUUACCUCAAGAAGGUGAAAAAUAUAAUUUAAGCAAAAACAAAGCUGAUGCAGUUUUUUUAGAUUUACCAAGACCAUCAGAAGCUAUUUGUCAUGCUGUAGAAGUUUUAAAAAAAGGAGGAAGAUUAUGCUGUUUUUCUCCUUGUAUUGAGUCUGUAUAAAAGAAUUGUGAAGAAAUGAGAAAAUACUAAUUUGUUUAAAUUGAAACAAUUGAAAUUUUAUAAAGAAAUUUUUAUAAAAGAGAAAAUGAAGUCGAAGAUGAUAACAAUGCAAAUAAAAGUAAUAAUGAAAACGAUGACGAAGAAGAUGAGUAACAGCAUUAUAAUUCAAAAAAUCAAGUUCUUUAUACAAGUGGACCUAGUGAAAUUAAAGGCCAUACUGGUUAUUUAACUUUUGCUAUUUAUUAGUGA